AUGCUGGGUAACGUUAAAAGUGAAGACUGGAACGAAAAUGUCAGGAAUCCAAUCAGAGUGAAGAGAAAGAAAGGUGGCUAUAUGGCUGAGAAGCGUGACGGAAGACAGUGGGAAAAGCCUUUUGAAUGCUCAGAGUGUGGAAAGAGAUUCAGUCGGAGUGGCAGUCUUCAAUAUCAUCAGAGAACCCACACAAGGGAGAAGCCUUUUGAAUGCUCAGAGUGUGGAAAGGGAUUCAGUCGGAGUGGCAGUCUUCAAACGCAUCAGAGAACCCACACAGGGGAGAAACUAUUUGAAUGCUCAGAGUGUGGAAAGAGAUUCAUUCAGAGUGGCAAUCUUCAAAAGCAUCGGAGAACCCAUGCAGGGGAGGAGCUUUCUGAAUGCUUGGAGUGUGGAAAGAGAUUUAGUAUGAGUGGCAGUCUUCAAAAGCAUCAGAGAACAAACACAGGGGAAAAGCCUUUUGGAUGCUCAGAGUGUGGAAAGAGAUUCAGUCGGAGUGGCAGUCUUCAAUAUCAUCAGAGAACCCACACAAGGGAGAAGCCUUUUGAAUGCUCUGAGUGUGGAAAGGGAUUCAGUCGGAGUGGCAGUCUUCAAGAGCAUCAGAGAACCCACACAGGGGAGAAGCCUUUUGAAUGUUCAGAGUGUGGAAAGAGAUUCAGUCAGCGUGGCAAUCUUCAAAAGCAUCAGAGAACCCACACAGGGGAGAAGCUUUUUGAAUGCUCAGUGUGUGGAAAGAGAUUUAGUCAAAGUGGCAGUCUUCAACGUCAUCAGAAGAUCCACACAGGGGAGAAGCCUUUUGAAUGCUCAGAGUGUAGAAAGAGAUUCAUGUGGAGUAGCAAUCUUCAAAGGCAUCAGAGAACCCACACAGGGGAGAAGCCUUUUGAAUGCUUGGAGUGUGGAAAGAGAUUCAGUCAGAUUGGCAGUCUUCAAUAUCAUCAGAGAACCUACACAGGGGAGAAGCCUUUCGAAUGCUUGGAGUGUGGAAAGAGAUUUAGUUUGAGUGCCAGUCUUCAAAAGCAUCAUAGAACCCACACAGGGGAAAAGCCUUUUGAAUGCUCAGAGUGUGGAAAGAGAUUCAGUACGAGUGGCAGUUUUCAAAGGCAUCAGAGAAUCCACACAGGGGAGAAGCCUUUCGAAUGCUUGGAGUGUGGAAAGAGAUUUAAUUUGAGUGGCAGUCUUCAAAAGCAUCAUAGAACCCACACCGGGGAAAAACCUUUUGAAUGCUCAGAGUGUGGAAAGAGAUUCAGUCAGAGUGACAGUUUUCAAAGGCAUCAGAGAAUCCACACAGGGGAGAAGCCUUUUGAAUGUUCAGAGUGUGGAAAGAGAUUCAGUACGAGUGGCAGUCUUCAACAGCAUCAGAGGACCCACACAGGGGUGAAGCCUUUUGAAUGCUCAGAGUGUGGAAAGAGAUUCAGUCGGAGAGGAAAUCUUCAGCAGCAUCAGAGAACCCACACAGGGGAGAAGCCUUUUGAAUGAUCAGAGUGUGGA